GCGUUCUUCGUUCUCAUUGGCUGCUGAAACUUGUUGGAGCCUUUUCCCCUCAAAUAAGAGAAAGCGCCAAGAACCUAUUGGUUCUCGCGAAAAAUCGUCCAUUCUCCAGUCCGCCUGGUCCGGACCUCCGGGAGAAAAUAAACUGAUGUCAGACAGAACAACUGUAUACUGCGAGCACAUUAGCAUUUUAAGGACUCCGCUCCACAGCAGUCCCGUGUGCCUGAAUGCUGUGGGCUCACAUUUUAACAUCCAACCGCCGUUUUCGUUUGUUUGCUUGUUUGUUUGAUUUUUACUCCACGCUGGAUCUGACUGCCACUUUUUAUCCCCAGAACGCGUGUGACCAACAAAUCAACUCUUGAAUCGCACAUCUAACGUGUCCAUCUUUUUUCUUUUAUUUUCUUUUUUCUCUUGUCUUUUUUUCUUUUCUUUUCUGUUGUUUUUAAUGCUACAAUGUCGUCUUUGCCAGGAACGGUACCACGAAUGAUGCGCCCGGCUCCCGGACAGAACUAUCCCCGCACUGGAUUCCCUCUGGAAGUAUCUACUCCUCUGGGCCAGGGACGGGUCAACCAGCUAGGGGGGGUCUUCAUUAACGGCCGACCGUUGCCCAACCAUAUCCGACACAAGAUAGUCGAGAUGGCCCACCACGGGAUCCGGCCCUGCGUCAUUUCGCGCCAACUUCGUGUCUCCCACGGCUGCGUGUCCAAGAUCCUCUGUCGCUACCAAGAGACCGGGUCCAUCCGACCCGGCGCCAUAGGUGGCAGCAAACCCCGGCAGGUAGCCACGCCGGAUGUAGAGAGAAGGAUUGAAGAGUACAAGCGGGACAACCCUGGCAUGUUCAGCUGGGAGAUCCGGGAUAAGCUACUGAAGGACGGGGUGUGUGACAGAAGCACAGUCCCUUCAGGUGAGGCCUCCUCUGUGAGUUCGAUCAGCCGUGUACUUCGCGCUCGUUUUGGGAAAAAGGAAGAUGAGGAUGAGUGCGAUAAAAAGGAAGAGGACGGAGAAAAGAAAACGAAACACAGCAUCGACGGCAUCCUCGGGGACAAAGGCAGCCGGAUGGAUGAAUCGUCAGAUGUGGAAUCAGAGCCUGACCUUCCACUGAAGAGGAAACAGCGUAGGAGUCGGACUACUUUCACAGCAGAGCAGCUGGAGGAGCUGGAGAAGGCUUUUGAAAGAACACAUUAUCCUGAUAUUUACACUAGAGAGGAGCUGGCCCAGAGAACAAAACUUACUGAGGCCAGGGUCCAGGUGUGGUUUAGCAAUCGAAGGGCCAGGUGGCGAAAACAAGCAGGAGCCAAUCAACUUGCAGCAUUCAAUCACCUUCUGCCAGGUGGAUUUCCUCCUGCAGGGAUGCCAACACUUCCUACAUAUCAGCUGCCAGAAUCCAACUACCCGACCAACACUCAAGAUGGUGGGGCUACUGUUCACCGUCCCCAACCCUUACCUCCUUCCACCAUGCACCAGAGUGGUUUAUCAAGUCCUGACGGCAGCACUGCCUAUGGUCUGGCAACCAACCGGCACAGCUUCUCCAGCUACACUGAUACCUUCAUGAACUCUAGUACUCCUAGUAACCAUGUCAACCAUGUCAGCAAUGGGCUAUCUCCACAGGUUAUGAGCAUCCUGAGUAACUCCAGUGGUGUGUCCUCACAAACACAGCACGAUUUCCCAAUCUCACCUCUCCACAGCACUCUGGACUCUACUUCAUCCAACAGUAUUUCAGCCAGCUGCAGCCAGCGUUCAGCUGAGGCCUCCAUUAAGACGGUGGACAGCCUUCCCUCUUCCCAGUCUUACUGUCCCCCCACAUACAGCACCACCAGCUACAGCAUGGACCCAUCUGUGGCUGCUGCCGGCUAUCAGUACAGUCAGUACGGCCAGACUGCUGUGGAUUACCUGGCUAAGAACGUCAAUCUCUCCAAUCAGCGCAGAAUGAAGCUGGCUGACCACUCAGCUGUACUGGGACUGCUGCAAGUUGAGACAGGCCAAGCAUACUAGUACUUUCCCAGCAUAUUUAAACAGCAGUACACCGGGUCACCAGCACAACCCACACUGCCUGCUACAACUCGCAUAUUCCAGAGAGCAUUUGUGAGUGUGUGCCAUAAACUGAGUACAAAUGUGACUGCUAUUUAAGGUUUUUUUUUUGGUUUUUUUUUAAACAUUAUUUUAUAUUGGUGGGUGAAAGACUGAAUGAUGCAGUUUUGCAAGCUUUAAGUAUUCUUCAUGGAAACAACCAAACUAACAAUGAGGAAGUGUUAGGAACAUACUUUUUGCACCAAAUUUCAGGUGUGUCAAACUUUUUAGAUAACUAGAAAUUUGUUAUAAGCAAUUAAAUGUGAAUUAAAAGAUAAUCUGAGUGUAAUCUUUGAAAUAAAAUAACUUUUGUAUAACCAGAAUCACAGUGAGGAAAUAAUAUCCAGUUAUUCUAAUGUUACUUCUGGUUCUUUGCAAAAUGUUCCAAGUGAAACAGAAUCACUCUGCUCUUACUGCAGUAGUUCAACAAAUAAAAAAAGGUUGAAUUACAGUAAAAAUGUGAAUGCAGAGCACAUUUUUAGGAUGAAUUUAAAAACAUUUUAAAAAUAAAAUGAAUUUAUAGCAAUGUUUCAAUGAAUUGUUAAAACAUACUGAUCUAUUGCCUGUUUACAUUUAGGAAAGAACCCUUUGAGUUACACAGCUGAGUACCCUAAAAGUCCCUUGUAGUCUCUGUAAAUCUUUGAUUGAUAUGAUUCUGGUUGUGUUGUCAGAAAACGUAUAGACCAUGAAAGCUACCUCGAGACUAUGCAUGCUGUAUAUCUGACCCAAACAGAAUUUAAGGCACUGGAUUCAGCAAAUAUGUUGUUUCUCCUGUCUUAAAGAAAACACUCAUCAAGAAAGAUUGAUCUUUGUUGACCCUUUUUAUUUAUUUUUAAUUUCUUCCAUGUGAAGCCUGGACGACUUCACCAAUAUUGGUGAAGUUGUCUGAUGCCUACUCUAAGGAGUCCUUCUUGCUGAACAACAGAACAUGGAAAAAAAAAAGAUGAAUAAGACAAUAAAACAAAAUGUCAUAAUUUGUGCAUGUGUUAAGUUUGUGAAGAAGAAUAACAUUUCUGUAGCAGAUCUAUAUCAGAUAAUUCCUCACGGGAUGACUUAUUCUGAGCUCUGUUCAUAGCUGAAUUCCAAGGACACAAAGGUCAAAACUGAGAGUCUAACAUGUACUCUGACUAACUGCCAUAAUUCACAUCUGCAUCAAUCACUACAGUUUCUAUAUUUAUUUAUUUCUCUUCAUUGUGGUUCCUUUAGUAUCUACUCUGUUUAUAUUUACCAUAUAAACAAAAAAUGAUCUUUGUAGAACCAUAUCUGCAACUAUAUUUCUACUAAUUAACAUCUUUUAACAAAUGCUUGUCUUCAAUACAUUUUUUGAAAAGUAGAACAGUGGACUGUAAAUGAUAUCAAACAGACUGCUGAUUUUAAAUACUACAAAAUGUUGCUGAUCCAAGCAAUUUAGCACUCAGAAUUUAAAAUUUUGUAUUAUAACACUAAGGAUGUUGCCAAUAAAUAUAUAUUUCUGUAAUGUCACCCACCCAUUCCCAUGCCUAAAAAAAGAAAAGAAAAUGCUACAUAACCCCAAGUAAGUUAGAUCUGAUAAACCUAAAGAUCUAAGUAGUUUAAAUGUUUUGAUUAAGAUGGUGAAUACUUUAUUUAUCACAAAUUCGUAACUUCACGUACCUUUUAACAGUAGUUUCUAACUCAUAACUUAUUUUUAAUUAAGUUCUUAAAUGGGAUUAUACUAAUACAGUGGGGCAAAAAAGUAUUUAGUCAGCCACCGAUUGUGCAAGUUCCCCCACUUAAA